UGGAUGGAUGGUUCCUUCAUCACCUCCUGUCCCUUUCUUCCCUCUCUCCCCUCGAGUCCUAUCCAUGUCCGUACUUUCCUCAUACAUCCCGUCAUUAUCUCCUUCCAUCUCGAUCCAGUCACAAAUCAGAUUAUGGGAACCGCCAAAAAGAUUCAAACAAUUGAUACUCUCACAGUCAGCCACCGAUCCUUGGUCCACUUCCGCUUCCUCCCUCCCGAAUAGUCGCCUGACUGGAAUGGAAAAUGAGUCUGAGUCAAAGGAAACGUAGCAGCAUUUGGAUUAACUGCACACACCAGAUGAAUAAAGCACCUACAGAGGAAGAAGUGGAGGAGCGACGAUGAAGCUGAAUGAACGCAGCGUGGCUUACUACGCCACCUGCGACUCGCCGCCCGACAAGACGGGCUUCCUGUUCAAAAAGGGCGAGCGCAACACGGCUUACCACCGCCGUUGGUUUGUCCUGAAGGGCAACAUGCUUUUCUACUUCGAGGAGCGGGAAAGCCGCGAGCCCAUCGGCGUCAUCGUCCUGGAGGGCUGCACCGUGGAACUCUGCGAGUCGGCCGAGGAGUUCGCCUUCGCCAUCAAAUUUGACUGCGCUCGGGCGCGGGUGUACAAGAUGGCGGCCGACAACCAGGCCGCCAUGGAGUCGUGGGUGAAGGCGUUGUCACGGGCAAGCUUUGACUACAUGAGGCUGGUAGUGAGGGAGCUGGAGAGGCAGCUGGAGGAGAUCCAGGAGGCUGCCAACGGGAGCAGGGCAAGGACGUCCAAGCGAGGGUCCAAAUCAAGAUCUGGAGCGUCUUCGUCAUCGUUAUCCUCUUUAUCAUCAUCAUCAAGCACCUCUUCCGCGUCCGCCUCAGGACAAAAGACACACCAGGAUGAUUCCCAGCUCAUAUCUGGAUCUUACCGAGAGAGCGGUGUAGCGUGGAGCAAACCACACUUGGCUAACGGUUCCCCCGACGGAGUGUCCUCCUGUGUGGCCUGGGAGGGAGGGGCUGACCCUGGGAACGGCUGCUUUGGGAUGGAUCACCGGGCCAACGGGGCCAGAGCGCCACCUGUGCCACCCAGAAGAAGAGGAGCCUCUCUGGAGAGCCCCGUCUGCCCUGGCACCGGAUGCUUUACCAAGCUUCACGACUGGUACGGCCUGGAGGUGGAGGAACUGAGGGCCCAGUGGCUGCAGAACCAAUAAACUUCUGGAAGAAUAUACCAUUCCGGUGGUUGAAGCCUACCCAAGCUUACUUAAUGAAAAAGGAAGACAGCAUUCUUUACCGAUGGCAGCACAAUUGUAUUGUAGUUGCAAGUCAGCAGUGUGAACCACUACACUAUCAAAUACAUCAUUCCUUACUGACAAAUGCUUUGUUUCACCUCUCAGAGAGGACUUAAAAGUAAAUGAUGCUACAUCCUGUCUGGCACAGGAGGAGGAAUCAAUCUUGCAAUAUUUACUUUACAGUCUGGGUGGCGGUGACAAAAUAUCCCUGAUUCAUUGCUUAAUGAAACAAAAUAACUCUUGAGAAUUAUGUAGCUUACUUUCACUGCAUGUCUUAAUGUCUCAUAAUUUAGUGCCUCUGUGUUUACUUUCAGGUGACCUAUAUCCAUUGUACUUACAUUCCCUGAACACCUCCAGUAAGACAUGGCUACAGAAAGGGUCGAUACCAACGUAAACAUUGCUGUUCAGUUUGACUUGGACUGACUCUUUAAAAGCAAAUGUGUUUUUUUUAAAUCUGUGACAUUUCAAGUAUUUCAAAGUCCUCAGAGAGCAAUAGAAAAUAUGAUUAUAUAUAAUGAGCAUUUUAGUUCCUGAGGCACAAGUUUUGACUGUGAUCGCAAUUUGUAUCCUCUUCUUUUUCUUUUCUGUUUUUAAUUGUAACCUUUCGAGUUAGUCCCUUUACCUCUUCUAUGUAGCCAUGGAAACAAUUGAGAAUAGUUAGGAUCUAUUUUGGAACACUGACCAUAUGGGGCAUACUUUUUAGUGGAACGCACUUAUGCACUCUUAAUACUAUGUGGAAGUAUACAAGUCUGCAAAUUGAAACGCAUUCUGGGUAAAUGUUUUUUUAUCAACAUUUUAAUUGGGGUUUUACUACUUUUUAUUGCAAAUAGGGCUGCAACAACUAAUCAAUUAAAUCGAUUAAAAUCUAUUAUAAAAAUAGUUGGCGAUUAAUUUAGUCAUCGAUUCAUUGGAUCUAUGCUAUGCGCAUGCGCAGAGGCUACUUUUUUAAAUUUAUUUUAAUUUUUUAAUAAACCUUUAUUUAUAAACUGCAACAUUUACAAACAGCUGAGAAACAAUAAUCAAAAUAAUUAUGGUGCCAGUAUGCUGUUUUUUCCCCCAAUAAAAUACUGGAAAGGAUAGAAAUGUAAGUUUGUCUCUUUUAUCUGAUUAUUGAUCGAUUAAUCGAAGUAAUAAUCGACAGAUUAAUCGAUUAUCAAAUUAGUUGUUAGUUGCAGCCCUAAUUGCAAAUUUUGCUGUGCUCUAGUUUGCUCAACCAUUCUAAAGCUAUCUAAACACCGAUAAAGAGCUUUUUUAAAUAUGCUUAGGAUAUGGAACUUAUGUCAGAAUGUAAGAAAACAUAUGCAUAAAAAAUGGAUACACAUAUACUAUAACUUAGAAUUGGGCUAAAGUAUGAUUAUUAUGGGGGAUAUGUUUAUGCUGAUGACAUCUGGCUCUCGAUUACAAGAUUUUUCCAUUCUGUUUGCUAAAAUUGCAGUGAGGAUUUUUGACUGUGUUUAUUUUCCGCUUACUCUGCCAUGACAUGUAGUUGUAGUGGGCCACAUUAAAGAAUGUGGAAAAUUGG